UGGAUCUCCGAGCAGAAAGAAUGGGCAGAAAAAAUGAGGCGGACGGGCACUGCCACGGCCAAUGGUCUGACAGGCGGUGAAGCUUUACGAUGCCGGGACAGCCGUGCUGAUCAAUCCCGCCUAUGAGAGGUGGCAAUGCCCCGUUGCAUCGCCAAUUGAUGACUCUCUUGCUUAUUCUUCCAGCUGGCCCGCCCAGAGCCUCGCCCACCCAUCUUUCUUCCCCUCCUGCAUUCCUCCGCCUCUGUCAUUCUUUCUCCCUCAUUUACUCCUCCAAUUCUCGGUCGCUUAUCGCGUUCCUCACGAACUUCGUGUUCCUCUCCCCUCCAGCUUCGUGCUCGGCCUAUUCUUUCCUUCUUACCACCAGCAGUUCGAGAAUCCAUCUACUUCCGGUCGGUCGCAUCCACUCUCCCAUUGCUCUGCUCGUCCCACCCAGAAGCUCUCCGCUCUCCAAACCCAAUCCACCACUUCACUCACCUCCACAUUCUGGAAAUCGCUCUGACGUGCAAGGACUUUUCUAGGCUGGCUCCAUUCUUAUUCGACGACAGCACCAUCGAGCUCCCUCACCCUCUCUCCGAGGCCUGCGCUGGCCGCGUCGAA